CCACGAGGCAGCCGCACCACUCGGUCGAUCGGUCGACUCUCUCUUCCGCAGGUAUAUACACAUCCAAGCCUUUAAGUUCAGUCUCCGUCUGGCUCGCUAGCGGCUCGCACGCGCGGCCCUCCUCUGGUUCCAUUACUUCGAGCCUUUUACCGUCUCUUACCGAUAAUUACAUAGACAUAUAUUGGUAAAUAAGGCAGACAAUCGGUUCCACGCCCGGGCACCACUGAGCAACGGCACAGCGACGGUUUGUUUACAAAUAAUACAUAGGAUACCCAAGCUAGGUUCGGACGCUAAUCGCGUUCAAAAAAGUCGUGCCUGAAUCGAAAAAUCUCCCGUACGGUGUGAUGUGCUAAUGCAAAAGGAAAAGAUCGACGAGACGCGGACUCGGUAAUGGCUGUGAUCUUCCAACUGAAACCGACGCUCGACUGCACAAACCCGCCAGCGCCGUUGUCCUGUCUGCUCUCGCCCCGCAGUCACUUCCAUUGUUACUCUUUCUGAGGCGAUUUCGCGACUCGUCGUCCUCGCAGGUGAUAACUUUCAGUGAUUAUCGUUGCGCCAGCCGAGUCGACGACUGAGACUCUCGAAGAGUGUUUCGAAUGUGGCGCGCUCUCGAGCGACUCGCGGCCAACGAGAUUGACAGAGAGAGAUAGAACGCGCGGAGCUCGACUAACUUGGGUAAAAUGCGAGAGUGAGCUCCGAGUGAUAUCAACGCUUGGAGAGGACGUGCCGCUGUCGAUGCCUGAGAUGACCGGCAAACAAUUACUGCUCAUCCUUUUCGUGCUUCCGAUUUUCUUCACUGCUCUAGUGAACAAUGUCGAGUCAGCGAAUGACAUCAGAUUCGUGGAUGAAUCGUUGGAUGAGCAAAAUGACGCGCAAAUCUAUAAGGCCGUGGUCGACUCGAUGAACGAAUGGCAACUGAAGACUCAGCGCAAAGGACGCCACAGCCGACGACGACGCGAAGUUUCGCGAGUCUGCUACGAGGAUGUCGGCUGCUUCGAGGAUACAGGUCCUUUUAGCUACCUCGAGAUGUUACCUUCGCCGCCUAAGGAUGUUGGCACCAGAUUUUACGUCUACGGAAGCCGCAAGGCAAGAUCCAUACCGAUGGAGGUGCCGGCCGAGAACAUAAGCGAAAAAGCAGGCCACACCAUCGAUCCGAAGCUACCGACCAAGGUGAUCGUGCAUGGCUUCGGCUCGAGUUGCGAUCACGUCUGGGUUUACGAGAUGCGAGCUGCCCUCACUGCAGUCGUCGAGUGCAACAUCGUUUGCGUCGAUUGGGGCCCAGGAAGCGCCGUGCCGAAUUAUGUCCGAGCCGCAGCCAACACGCGACUGGUCGGCCGUCAGCUGGCCAAGCUCGUGCGUAGCCUCAACGUACCGCUUGACAAGGUCCAUCUGAUAGGCUUCAGCUUGGGAGCUCACGUCGCCGGUUUCGCAGGAGCCGAGUUGGGCAACGUCUCGAGGAUUACAGGCCUCGACCCAGCCGGACCACUUUUCGAAGCCCAAGACCCUCGAGCUCGUCUCGACGCCAGCGACGCAAAAUUCGUCGACGUCAUUCACAGCAACGGUGAGCAGCUGAUCCUUGGAGGCCUCGGCUCAUGGCAACCAAUGGGCCACGUUGAUUUCUAUCCAAACGGCGGUAGGAUGCAGUCUGGAUGCACGAAUCUCUUUGUCGGCGCGGUCAGCGAUAUCAUUUGGUCGAGUCCAGUAGAAGGUCGCUCGCUGUGCAAUCACCGACGAGCCUACAAAUUCUUCACCGACUCCAUAAGUCCGAAAUGCCACUUUCCUGCUUUUCCAUGCGAAGGCGGCUACGAUGCUCUGCUCAAGGGUGAGUGUUUUCCCUGCGGCACCGAGUCCCAGGAGUGUGGAAUCAUGGGUUAUUACGCCGACGAGUCACCCGCCAGAGGUCAGCUUUACCUCAUGACAAGGGAUGAGGAACCUUUCUGUGCACAUCAGUAUCAGGUGAAGGUUUACAAUAGCAAGCACGAGCGACCAGUAAAAAGUUACGGCAGAUUGCAAGUGACAUUAUUGUCUGAUAGUGCCAUCAACGAGACAUUCACGAUGACGAAGAAAGACGACGAAGAGUUACUCGUUAGUGCAAUUCUGCAAAAAAUCGUCGUGCCCCAUCCAGCGCUCAUGAAUAUCGAUGCCUUAGAGAUAAAAUACACGGCGUACAGCGGAUGGAUUCAGUCGGGUCUCGUCUCCUGGUCCGUCGACAAGGUCUCCUUGACCGACCCUCACAACAAUGUCCUAUCCAUCUGCAAACGCGGCCUCAUCCUGGAAUCUGGCAAACCGGUUUAUCUUCCGCUCUUCAAGGGUGACUGCAGUGUCCCACCCGAAAUCGAGAAUAUGACGGUCGCUCCGCUGCUCGCCAAGGAUGAGAUGGUGCAAGCACCACAGAGUAUCGGACCAUUUACCAAGGAGCAUAAUUACGAUAGGAAUCAUGACGGCGGCUUUACCAACGAGGUGCCGCAAAAAAGUUUGGGACCGUUCACCAAAGACCAAAAUAUCAAAAUUGCUAACGAGAAGGCCAAAGACUACGAUAGAGAUAAAUCCGAAAAGCAAAAACAUGUCCAGGAUGCAACGAAUUCCUGGUCAUUCCACUUUGACAUACCGAAUGAUGGUGCUGCCAAUUCGGCUGACGUGGGUGAAUUUGUCGAACGGGGUCGAGGUUUUUCCGGUUUGGGAGCCCCUUUGAGUCUGCAUCAAAUACCACCAGUUGUUUCAUUGGUGUCUUCGUCGUCGCUCUCGGAUCAAGCGAAUCCCAAAGAGAUGCACGAGCCGCUCAUACGUUCUAAUGGAAAUCACAAAAAGGACCCUGCGGGUCGCUCUCUCAGACUACCGGAAAUCACGGAACCUUUGCUAAAAGCUAAGAACUCGAGGUCCGACGCUCAACAAGACGUUACCGAAGAAUCACCGAGCUCGCGAGAAUUUACCAUUCAGUUUUUGCCGGAAAGAAUAGCCGGGAUUUUGGCUCAAGCGGAGAAGUACGCGCGCAUGACGCUACUGCCACUGAUAUCGCAGUACACACCUAGCUUCAUCGGUGGUGCUAGAAGCGACAAGCCAAAAUAUUUCCCACCCUUGGGAAAUAUUUUUGGUACUCGCGAAACAGAUGACGACGAUUCGAGCGAAGAAAAACGACGCAAAAAAUUACUCUCGUCCAAAGACAGUCGCACGAAAUAUUACUACGAGUUUGAAGAAACUGUAACACCUAAAGCCAGCAGUAGCACUACUGGCACUAGUAGCAGUACCGAUAGCAGUAGUAGCACCUUGAGUCCAGAAAGUGGACGCAGUAUUGUUUACGCUGUAGCCUCGACUACACCUGGCGUCCCUAGUUCCACGAACGAAAGCAGAGAAAAGAAUGGAAGUAACGAGUGGGUCCCCAUACCUGUGAUGAUGCCAGCGGCUCAUACUACCGUCAGCGUAGAAGCUGCAACGGGUAGAAAGCAAAAAUCUCUCGAAGGCGAGUGGGUAAGUGAAAGCGGCACCAACUGGUCACCACGCAGCAACGACACCGACUUGCCCGUGCCCGAGACGAAGAUCGACGACUGGACCUCGCUAGCCGUCGCUCCACUCGAUAGCGCGUCGUCGACGUCGACCUCCGUCAUCAAUGACUCGAGCGCCGGAGCGGAAGUGACGAUGCCGACCGAGCAGCAAAGGAAGUUCAUACCGCUGCUUGAAUUCACCGAGAGUGUGACCGACUCGCCGAAAUCCACGGACACGGACGGUGAACUGCGGACGUCAUCGAGAAAUUUGGUCAAUUCCUACGUUUACGGGACGAAAAACGACCCUCGCACCAAGUACAUACCCCUGGUAGCCGAGGAGGAUAUGGGCACUUUUACGGCCAGUAUCGUACGCGAUACCAGGUGAUAAUGUGAGCGUUACGGUCGGAGACGAUUUUUUACUAAUUUUAAGCUUUUUUGCUCUCUCGCUCGGGCUCUUACAUUAUUUUACGAAAAAAAACGAGUUAUGAGAUAUUGUGAGCGACUGAUGUACUUGGUGUGCCUUUUAAAAAUGUGCAUUUUUUUAUGUGCUUUACAAGUAUUUUCAUAGACUGUAAUUUUUAGAAAAUAGUUGUCAAAUUCCCUAUCGGAUUCACCUGCAUCCUGAUUUUACGUUGAUUGAAAAUAAAAAUUAAGACAUGAACCUACUAGGUUUAAGAUUUUUGUAUAUAAUUUGUGAAAAUUUGACGUUUUUUUUUUAUUAACUAUUGGAAAAUGUGUACAAAAUUUGGAAAUUUCCAAAUUGUUAAUCAAAAUGAACAUCUUGGUUCGAUGAAAAUAGUUGGAUCUUUAUACAUUAAAAUUUAUGUGUACUGUCAUGAGUAUAAAAUACUUUCAUAAGUUAUGUUUUUUAUUAUUUUAUUUUAAGAUGGUUAUACACACCGUAAACUUGAUAAGAACGAGGUGUUGGAUGACAGCGAUUAUUACCUGUGUGAUAUUAAUUUAAGUUAAUAAUUAUCGUUAUAUACUUUGUUUAUUAUUACCGCAAGAACUCUAGAACGAGUUUGGUAAAUAGUUAAUAUUUUACUAGUAAUUCUAAAUUGUAAAUAAAUAUUUGCAAUAUGCCAUAGUUAUAAAAUGUAACACCGAUUAAAAUAAUAAAUCACAAAAUAUAUUCUAGUGUA